ACUUAACAAAUAAAAUGGAGUGCCCUGUGCCCAAAUAUUUAUAAUUUUAUACCUGAUUCCUGAACCUCAGAACCUGAUACGGUGAGGUGAGGUGAGCAGUUGAGACUUGAGAGAGGCGGAGAGCAGAGAAUCAGAGAGAGGCUGAGGCUUGAGCCUUGAGCUGUUGUCUGUUGAGCGAACAGUGGAGACUGGAGACUAGAGAGAGGCGGAGAGCAGAGACUAGAGAGAAAGAUUUUUUUUUUUUUUUUUUGAAAGAACAAUGCAAUCUCUACGUGGGAGCAUCCGAUUGGUCCGGAGGCAUUGCUCAAACAACGUUGAUUUGAAAUCAAACGGUUCUCACUUUGCCACUGCCACUGCCGAAUUUCAUGGCAGCUCAAUUGGGUUUUCAAAUCCUCGCUUUUUAGGGUCCCUCUCCAAAUUCACAAGAAUUGGCACCCAAGCAGCUAUGGCAACACUAUCUAAUAAUGGCAUACCUUCAGUAUCAGUGUCAAGCAGAAGUUCUAGGCCAGGUUUGUUACAUUGGGCAGCUGUGCUACCUCCUUUCACUAGCAGAUGCAUUACAACAGUUGAAAAUACUGUUGAAUCAGCUUCACAGGAUUCUUCUGCAUCUAUCCCUGAAGUAACACCUAGGAUCAAAUUUAAGAGGCUCGAUAAAACUGCCAAGCACAUAAUGCAGAUUUUAGAUAAGGAAGCUGUAGAGGAAGUCAGGGAGAACCGAGAAAUACCUGAUAUAAAACCUGGUUAUAUUGUGCAACUCAAAGUGGUAGUACCUGAGAACAAGCGACGUGUUUCAGUUCUGAAAGGCAUUGUUAUAGCAAGGCGUAAUGCUGGUUUAAAUACUACAUUCAGAUUAAGGAGGCUAGUGGCUGGGGUUGGAGUUGAAUCUCUCUUCCCGCUAUAUUCACCUAACAUAAAGGAGAUAAAGGUGCUGGACAAGAAGAAAGUGAGAAGGGCCAAGCUUUACUAUCUCAGGGACAAAAUGAAUGCACUUAAGAAGCAAUAGUUGAUAGCCAGUUGGAGAUCAAAAAUAUUUUUCAAGAAAAAUGGUAGGUUUGUUAACAAUGUGAUUUUGUUUUCUAUUUAUUAAGUCAGCUUUAGCCACAGGAUCUUGUUAAAUGUUGAGGUCUGUGGAAGAAAUGAGUGCUUCAAAGAAAUACUGAGGAAAUUGGCAAUGCUGAUAAGUUUUUAAUGUUCACAGCUAUGUACUGGGGUUAAGCAAUGUUAUGAAUCUGUGCAUCUUUUUAAAGGGUGCAGUGCUGGUGUUUCUGUACCAAAUAUAAAACGGACAUCGUUGCCGUGGGUCUGCUGUACUAUUGAUGGUUCUUAAUAGAGGCAGUGGGGGGAAGAGCAAAUAAAUUGAUCUAUGCUGAUAUGUCUGUGAUCAUUAGCUUGAUUUCCUCAUUAAGGUGGAAAUACAUGUUUGGUAGGUUGGUGUGCAAUUUGGAAGUUACUCUAUGCAGCAAAUUUUUUCAUGGUUAUGCACUAUGACUAUGAUUUGAAUUGUUUUUGCAAAAUCAUGCGAUUAUUCAAGUUAGGGCAUGUUUGGAACGAAUGGAGAUGAAAGGAGAGGAGAGUAGAGAGGAAGAUGUUCGGUAUAUGCUAAAAUUUAGUACAUUCCGGUCACCUUUCCCUUUUCCCCCAUCACCCUUUGUCCAAACAUAGUAUUAGGCUUAACUUUAUGAGCUUUGCUAAAGACACCGAAAACUUAAACAAAAAAUUUCAUACCAAUCUCACAGUUUACUUCA